AUGGCUAAACAUCCAUUAAAUGUCGUGGUAGUGGGAGGAGGUUCCAUAGGAGGCUUGAUAGCUCAUGAGAUAACGCUAGCUCAUGGAAGGACGUUGGAUUUGAAGCUUAUGUUCAAGAAUAAUGAGUCUGCAAAUGUAUAUAAAAGAAGAGGCUCACAAUUGGUUUUAGAUAGAAUAGAUAAUUACGGGAACAAGAAACGUACAACUAGUGCCAUCCAAGGGUUGACAGCUGAACAAUGGUCCAAAGGGCCAAUCAAAAAGAUCGAUAAUCUCAUCUUAGCCACCAAAUGUCAUAAAUCAUUCAGUGCUUUAUCACCAUUUGCAAACUUGUUACAUAAAGAUUCUAAUGUCUUAUUCAUCCAAAAUGGUAUGGGAUUAAUGGAUCUGAUAGAGGAACAGUUCUGGCCUAGUUCAAUCAAUCCAAGACCCAAUUUUUAUAAAGCCAUCAUCACUCAUGGUGCAUAUAAGGCAUCACCAUCUAUUAUAAAUCAUGUUGGUUUAGGUGAUAUGACCAUAUCCUGCUACCCUAGGAAUCCGCUUGAUCCUCAUUCACCAGAUACUCCUCAUAUGAUUGACAUGAUUCUCAAGACUCCUAAUUUAAAUGCCAAAUAUAUUGAAAAUUACAAUGAAUUCAAGUUAAGAGAGUUGGAGAAGUUAGCAGUCAAUUGUUGUAUCAACCCCUUAACAGCCAUAUUUGAUUGCUUGAAUGGGGAUUUACUUGAAGGUAGUAGGGUCCUUAAUAUCAUGAAAUCUAUAUUGAGAGAAUUUGUAAUGGUAAUCAAGAAAGAUAAUCCUGAACUUUUCGAAACUUUACCUGAAGCAUCAUCAUACUUGAACAUCGACCGAUUGUUGGGGAUUGUCACUGAGGUAGCAACAACCACAUCAAAGAAUAGCUCAUCCAUGAGAGAAGAUAUGAAAUCCUUUGGUGGAACGGAGAUAGAUUUCAUCAAUGGAUACAUUUGUAGAUUAGGAAGAAAACAUAAGAUAGGUACGCAUACCAAUAAUAUGCUUGUAUGGAUGGUUAAGAGUAAAUCCAGUAUAGAAAGCGCUAUAGACGAUAAGUAUACCAAGUUGAUGUUAUAA